CUCCCGCGCUGUUGGGCCAAUUCCAGCCCUAGACGCAGCCACCCUGAAAUUUCUUAGUUUGUAUAAUUCAUACGAGUUUGCCGUUUUAACACUACCUUGAGCACCAAAGCAACUUACCUUCCAGCGUGGCGAGACAUUUAGGAUGCGCCCUGUGCCAAUCACCUUGUUUCUCCCCCGAGGCUAGCAAUAUAUCGAUGUAUGAUUUCACAUGGCUCAUUGGGCUGCUUGUCUGUUUCGUCCGAGCAAAGGCCAGACAACGCAACUUGAAGUAAACGCUGCGGUUUGCCCGACUGAGCUUCAUGAGCAACUGCUCGCCCGUGGAACUGCGUUGCUGCGACCGCGAGGCUCCACAAUCUUGUACCAGCGCGACGACGACGCGGGCGGGGGGGCAUUUGUCCCGCCUGUCCUCAUUUACCUGAAGCAGCUGCGCCUCGUCGACGAGGGCCUGGACAUAUGCGUGAAGCGCACGCUUCGCACGCACUUCAUUGGGCGCGCUGUGCGCGAGGCGCGGCUGCAGGUGCAGCUGCAGCACCCGCACCUGCUGCCCGCGCUCGCCAGCGUGCGCGGCAAGCGCCACUAUUACCUCGUGCUGCCCGCGGCUGAGGGCGACCUGUGGGCAGAGGCCGAGGCGAUGCUGCAGCAGGGGCAGCGGCACCCCAGCCACAACAGCCACAACACCCAUGGCCACAACGGCAACAGCAACAACAACAGCAACAGCCACGGCGGUGGCGGCGGCGGCGGCGCCGGAGGUGGAAGUGGAGGCGGAGGCGGAGCUCGCGGCUACAGCGAGGCGGAGCUGGCGUCCAUCGCGCGGCAGAUGCUUCUGGGGCUGGAGCACCUGCACGCCCUCCACCUAGCGCACCGAGACAUCAAGCCCGCAAACGCUCUGCGCAUGCACGAUGGGCGGGUGGUGCUGGCGGACUUCGGGUGCGCCGACGCCGCCAGUGCCGGCUUCGUGGCUGCUGGCACCACCCAGUUCCAGCCGCCCGAGUGCAGGCGGCAGCGCAGCGGCGGAGGAGGGGCGGGAGGGGCAGGAGGAGCAGCGGGAGAGGAGGGAGGAGGAGGAGGAGGCGGGCGGCAGAUGGCGGUUCUGCCCAAGGGCUACGACCAGCGUGCGCAGGACAUGUGGGGUUUGGGCGCGACGCUUGCCGCCCUGUGGUUCGCGCGCAUGCCGGAGCUCGACGGGGCCGGGGACAGGGAGCCCGGCCGUGGCCGCGACGGCGGGGGUGGCGGCGGCGGCGCCAAGGGGGGGACAGGCGGCAACGGCGACGGUGAUGGCGGCGGCGGCAAUAAGCCGGUUGCCGCCCAGCGGCUCCGCCGCAGCGAGGACCGCUUGCGCGGCUCGGAGGACGGCGGCGGGGUGGAUGGGGCCGGCAGUAGCGGUGGCGGCGGCUUCGGCUUCGGCAGUAGCUGGAAUCAUCGCGGCGUGUCGGGUCUGUCGCAGCCGCUGCCCGCUGCUACUGCCACUGCACCCGGGGCGGCCCUGGCUGGCUACAGCAACGGCAGUAGCAGCACAUGGCGGCUGCAGCGCGAUGGGCGCCAACGCGGCGGGUCUGUGGGCUGCGGCGGCGGGGGCGGCGCCACCACGCCCGGGGAGGCGCGUGGUGGCCCGAGCGCUGGCCCUGGCGGCGGCAGUGGCGGCGGCAGCGGUCGCAUUGGUCGCAGCGGCCGAGCGGCUGGGGACGGCGGGCUGAGUAGUGAGGAGCCAGAGUUCGAUGCCGGGGGUGGCAGCAGCGGCGGCGGCGGCAGCGGCGGUGGCGGCGGCGGCGGUGGCGGCGGCAUGGGCUUCAGGCGGAUGAGUCGGUCGUUCUCUGCAGCUGAUGGGACAGUGGGCUCGGGCUCGGGGCCGGAGCCGGGGCCGGAGCCGGGGCCGGGCCGGGGGCGUGCCGUGGGUACGGUACGGCACGGCACGACCGGCGGCCUGCGCGAGGAAGGUGGCGGCGGCGGCGGCGGGCACGGUCGCGAUGGCGGCAAUGGGGUUGCCGCUGUGGCUGGCGGGUCAGCGGCCCGAGGACCCUUCACAUCUGCACCCAACACGCUCUGCGGGGAGGCCUCAGGAGCCGCUGCCGGCGCCACUGUCGGCGUCCCUGGCGCCGCCGCCGCCGCCGCCGCCGCGGCGGCGCCGCCUCUGCCUCGCUUCCUGGCGGCGGCGGGCUUCGGUGGCUGCGCCACCACGGCGGGCGCCUGCGGUGCGGCCAUGAGCUGCGAGCUGUUGGACUUCCUAGGAAAGCUGCUACAGCCGCGGCCGCGCGACCGCCUCACUGCUACAGCCGCGCUGCAGCACCCCUGGGUGGUCGCCGCCGACGUGCCGGCGGCAGCGUUGACAGGUGCGGCAGCAAAGGCGGCGGCGACGUUUGGAGCCGGCGGCGGCGGCGGCGGCGGCGGUGUUAGUGGUGGUGGCCCGGUUGGCGGCGGCAACCGCUCUCCUACCCGCUUUCGGACGGAGGCUGAGGCAGCGGAGCGGAAGCGCGCUUCCGAGCUGGGCGUGAUUCCACCGUACGGCAGUGGCGGCGGCUUGACGCCACACAAUAGCGGUGGUGUCGGCAGCGGCUUGGGGAAUCGCCAGAUCAAUGGUGACGGACAUGGGAACGGGAGUGGCAAUGGGAUUGGGCGGUCGCAUGCUCAUGCCGAGGCGGGCGAUGACGCCGUGGCGUCGCCGUUUGGCAGCCACAGCUGGUUCGGCUUGGCAGCAGCAGCGGCGGCGCCGGCUGGAGCAGCAGCCGCGGCGGCGGCGUCGCACCCACUGUGGUCGCUGGACUCUGAUGAUGACGAGGACGAGGGUGGCGGUGACAGCGCAAUGCUGAUGGGCAGGGCGAUUGGCGCCGGUGCUGGUGCCGGUUCCGGCGCCAACGUCAUGGCAGGCGGCAGUAUGGGAGGCGGCAGCAUGGGAGGCGGCGUCAUGGGAGGCGGCAGCAGCCGCGCCUCAGCCGGCGGCGGCAGCGGCGGUGGCAGUGGCGGCGGCGGCGGCAUUGGCAGCAGCAGCAUCCGGCAGGCAGCCAGCCCUGUGCCCAGGCCACACGGCGGCGGCGGCGGAGCCGCAGCAGGGUCGGCGGCAGCGCCUGCCGCACCCCCACUCCCGCCGAGCGCCAAGCCGCCGCGGCCGCCGCCGCUGCGGCCGCUGUCUUUGGGGCCGGCGCCUUGGUCCCAGGCGUCGCCUGUGAUGAGGGCCACCUCUCCCGGGCCCGCGGCGGCCUCCACGCCAACGUCGCCUGUGGUGAGGCAGGACCUGCCGCCGGCGGCCGCAGCCGCCGGCCGCCGCCGCAGCGGCGCCGGAUCCGGAUCUGGUUUUGGGUUUGGGUCCGGCUGGGGCGGCUCGGCCCACGAGGGCCGCUUCAUGCAAUUCCUGUCCCACUCGCAGCUGUUCACGCACCUUGACAACCAGGAGCGCGAGCGCCGGCGCCGGGCGCGGCAGCAGCAGCAGCAGCAGUCACAAGCAGGAGAGGGGGAGGCAGACGAGGAGGAUGGAGAGGGCGGCUGCUCGCCGCCUCGUGACCCCAGCCGUCAAGCCCUGCCGCCGCCGCCGCCAACUAACCCGAGCUUGCCGGAUUCCAAGAGGCGAGGGCUGGUGAUCCGGCCCGCGCACGCCAAGUCAAGUAGUGGUGGUGGCGGCGGCGGUGGCGGCAGCUUCGGUGGCAGCGGCAGCGGUAGUGGCGUGGGCCUGACGGGCCCCCAGGCGCCCGCGUCUGCCGCUGCCGGGGCUGCUGCGGAUGACGGCGGCGCUGCGGAGGGCCCAGAGAAAGUGGGCGGGCGAAGCGAUGCAGGGGAGCGAGCCGGUGGCGGGGGCAGUGGCGGCGGGGGCAGUGGCGGCGGGGACAGCAGUGGCGGCGUGUCCGGCAAGCGCAAGGGCGUCCUGCAGUCGCUGUGGCUACGGCCAUCGGCAACGGCGGCAACUGCAAGCGAAGGGCCGCGAACGGGGACGGGGUUGGGAGCGGGGUCGGGGGGUGGCGAAGGCUGCAAGCCGGAGGCAGGCGACGCGGCGGUGGGCGGUGGCAGUGGCGGCGGCGCCAGUAGGCCGAGCUCGCGCUGGCGGCUGCGGGUGCCUCUGGUUGGCAGCGCAUUCGGCAGUAGCUAAGGCUAAGGCUGCGGCUCAGGCUAUGGCUGUGGCUAUGGCUAAGGCUAAGGCUAAGGCUAAGGCUAAGGCUAGCCCGACUCAGGGCUGUUGGAUGGAAGCUGCUGGCUGCGGACUGGUGGCGGAGGGCUGAGUCAGCCACGCUUGCAAUCCAACCAACCACAAGUGCUUUCAUGCUUGCGUUAUCGAGAGGUCGGGCGCAUGCUGGCAGGCGGAAUGCGCGGUGCAGUUUGGCGGUUGCCGCAGCAGGUUUGUGAGGAGCGAGCUUGCCUGUGCCUCGCCGCUGCGGUGCUCUGUACGAUGCGGCGACGUGCCGUACAGCCAACGGGCUGAGGCUGCGCCGCCCAGGGUGCCUUGCUUUGUUUAUGCUUUGCUUAUGCUUGCGUUGAUUUUUUGCGCACCACAUUUCUUUGCUGCAUGCUACAGCUUCCAGAGGGCUAUUCAUGCGGUACAGCGGUAAGGUUGGCCGCAACCCUGGUCCGCCGUGGGUGCCAGAGGAGAGAGACGAUUGAUAAUGAACGAUAGAGUGAGAGUGCGAGGGGCGAUGCAUUGCAACAAUAUGUGACGAUUCAGCCAGACCUAAACGGUUGUUGAGUGGCAGAGUGCUGAGUAUUGCCGAGUUUUUCCUGAGCGUCGCCUGCUCCAAAUGGCGCAAGUCGAGGCCGCAAAUGAUCGGCGUAGAUGUUUCUAUAGGGACAGGAAUGCACGUCGUGCUCGCACACAACAACAGAUGAUGGCUGGUGUGGGUGAGAGUGUCGGCUGAGUCGGGUGGAGGUGGGCGUGCCUCGGGUGGCCCAUCCGAUCCGGUCCAGCAUGCGUACAUGAGAGCCGCCACGGCCCAGCUGGCUGCUGAUGCCGAGCCAGUUACUGACUGUGUGAUACCCGCUCUUCAACUGUCCAU